AUGGACUCACCGACGCUCAUCGGCUGCGUAGAUGGAGGCGGAGACCGCGCAACGGGCUUGAUUCUGGACUGCCUUUGGCGACUUUUUGGCCACGAAGAGGUCGAGGCUGGGCUUGCCGAUCUGGAGGAUGGAACGCCGGGCGCGCUACGACGCUGGGCUUUGGAGCUGGCCCGGGCAGAGGAGCUGCAGUCAAUUUGGCGCCAUGCGGCGGUGCACCAGGAGCCUUCAAAAAACAGCCGCGACCUUUGGGCAGUGGCUUCGGCCGUGGUCACUCACAUGCGACAGGUGUCAGGCCUACGGGCCCAGAUGAUCGGCUUGCACGAUGCAGAACACCGGCGUGCCCGGCGGACAGUGGAGCACGAGGGGCAGAUCCAGAGGCAUACACGCUUGGAGCACUUCUUCGCGGGCUUGCGGGAAAGCCCUCGCAAGACUCCUCCACCAGGCCCCAGCGCUGCCAACAAGCGGCUGUCGCAAGCCUCGCAGUCGGGGCAUCGCGACUCGGUGCAGCGGGGCUCCGUGCAGGGAAUCUCGGCACAGCGAACGUCGCUGUCUACGACGGCCUCGCCCUUCACAAGCCAGAUGAGCCCACCCAGCCCGAGCUACGCCUCCACCUCCUGGAAAGAUCGCCCAAGCCGCAGCCGCUGUUCCGCGAUGACGGCUGCCGACCAUGAAGAGUGGAGCCAGCAGAUGUCCUCAAUGACAGUGCCCGAGAUGCCGAUGAUGACUCAGACUGCAACCCUGCGACGGCGAUCUUCCGGCAGGAUCGUGCUUCCGCCGGUAAUUCCUGCAUACGAAGCAGACGAUGAUUCAAGCACACCAAAGGACUCUUUGGUGGUGGCUUUGCCACCGGGCAGCUUCAACUACUUCGCCGUUUUCCCACACUUGGCCAAGAAACCCCCGCCGCCGGCCAGGCGGCUCUUCUUCAAGGAGUUGCCGGAGACCCCGGGUUCCAGCAAGUGGCAGAUGGAGGAGAUGCUGGUUCGGAUUCGCCAAGAGAGGACGGAAAGCGUGGUUUCGCCGAAAGAUCUCCGGGAGGCCGAGCGGCUCCUGAAUGGCGAUGGCGAUCCCGCUCCCUCACGCAGGCACUCAGUGGCGGCUUCUCGUCGCAACUCUGCGUCUUAUACACAGAGCCUGACUAUGUCUGCACCGCAGCUGGCCAUGGCAACCACAGUGGGUGCGAUGCCCCAAGAGGAGGACAAUCGAGGCUUGGUGAAGCAGCUCAUGACUUUCCGAAAGGAUGACCUUCACUCUACGCUCUACAAGAAGAGAGUGGCCGAUGGCAGAGAUCCGUGUCCCGAUCGCAUCUUCGACCGCAACGUGCGGCGGGAGCUGGCGCGCACCUGGCAGGCUCCCUUUACUACGCCUGCGGCCGGGCAGCCGCCGGCCCGCAACCUGCGCACCACUUCCCAUGGACUGCCGCCCCUGUUUCAGAAGGGAAGCUACUGGAAUCCCGAGCGCGAGCAAGAUGUGGAGUGCAAUCCGGGGGCCGCGAAAUACUUGAGGACUUGCCUAGACGAAGGCGUGCUCCCGGACCUGCUGCCGUUCCUUACGGGCCAUUCUGCGAAGCUCGAGGCUGCUAGUCGCGAACUCACGGACAAGGACCUCGGAGCCAUCACCGCAAUGCUCGGCAGGGUGGCAACAGCGAAGGCGAUCGACCUCAGUAACAAUCCGCUGCUUACGGACAAGUCCAUGGCGCCGUUUCUGGAUGCAUUGCUUCGCCAAGAGCUGCCAGCCACCGUUGCCAGACUCAGCCUGGCCAACUGUCAUGCUUUGUCUCUGAAGACGGCAACGAAAUUGGCAUCGCUGGUGGAAAGUGAUCAGGCUGCACGUCUGCGAACUUUAGAUCUGAGUGGGGUCCGCUUGAGCCUGGCAGCCCAAGUGCACAUCUCCGGCACUAUCCGGGAGCACGACGAGUUGCGCGAAUUGAAGUUGGCCAACACGAACAUCUCUGGUCGUGACUGCUUGCAUGUUCUGCUCGCCAACGACAGGCUCCAGCUGCUCGACCUGAGCUGGAAUUCCUUCGACGAGCAAUGCUUUGCGACCAUAGGCGAGCUGUUGGCAAAGAACGUAUCCCUCCACACUCUGGCGUGCUCAAACUCCUCCACGCCCUCCGGCAAGCGGUUGACGCCCAUCGUGCGACUCCUUGAGGCCCUAUCGGGUAUAUCAAACUUGCAGCAGCUGGACCUUGCGGCCGACCAGAUUGACUACCGAGCUGCUCUGGUCCUCGAAGACGUGCUUGGCGAUCAUCCCAAGUUGCGAAGGCUGGUCUUGGCACAAAAUCCACUGGGCAUCCUGGGAUGUCGCUCUAUGCUCCGGCUUCUUUGUAGCCAGGCGUCGUGCCUGAGAAGCAUCGACUUCGCGGGUUGCUUUUCAGAUGCCCAGGGCCACAUGGAGCAGACCGGCCCGGGAUUUCGUCCCAACAGCCCGGGAGGCACGUACCAGCUGGACUUCACGCAGCCGUACCAUCGAAGCAUCAUGCGCAUGCUCGCCAAGACAGCAGAGCGACUGAAUUUUCAAAUCGCGGAUGCGCUGACGCCUGUGGCCGGAGCCACGACGCUCCCAGAGAAGACGCCGGCUGGCUUAUGGACGGUGCCCACUGCCGGUGGCACCAGGAUAAAGUUCAACAUGGAGAAAGCCAUGGGAAGGAGCCUAGGCGACAGGUGGGAUUUCCACGGGCUCCUCGCAGAGCAGGCACAGCUCCUCCGCUGCAGACUUCCGGCAGCGAAGCAGCUGCAGCUGUUUAAGCAGUUCAGUGCUCUGAAGAUGCAGAUACAAGAGCAGGUUGUCUUCCUGAAUGCGUUGGCCAAGGACUUUCUCCUGGAGCCCAGUCAGAUCUUACAACUCGGCUUCGAGCGCGAGAUAGCCGAGGAGGUUGUGUGGCGGCUUCUACCGUGCUCCGCGGGAGCGAAAGAGCGAUAUCUGACGAUCUUGGCCGCUCCGACUUUCAGAGCGUACAUCUCGGCGCUGCAACAUUCGACCAGCCUCCUGAACCUCAACGUGCAGAAUCCGAGUGGCCACUACCGGCUGGACCUCGCAAACCCUUCGGACGCCUUCGUCGGGCAGCAGCUGCUGCGCCUCGAUCGAUGGGAAGGUGUUCUGCGACAGGAGCUGCGGCGAAAGGACACCUCCAGGAUGUUCAGCUCCUGCAUCUUCAACCCUCUCUACCUUGAGAAGCGCAUCGACUCAGGCCCGAUGAACGACUGGCCUUGGCCCGAGCAUGGACUUCUGGUGCUCGACUAUGCUAGUGGCAAGCGGCCAACCGCGGAGGCCUCGGCCGUGUCACCGCCAAGCUUCAGAAACCUCUGCCAGGCGCUCCGUCUCUGCAGCCUGACCGAGGAACAGAAAGUUGCGGCUCUUGUGCCGGUCUCUCAUGAGCUCUUCCUCAGCAGCCUGCAGCUUCGUACAUUGCUCCUGCUUCUGGAGACUCCCUCUGCACGGCUGAAUCUCUUCCAGCUGCUAUACCUCAGGAUCGUCGACAUCCAGAACCAAACUCUGGCGCGCGACGUUCUGGACGAGAGCUGCAACUUCUGCAAGCUGGAGAGGUUCAACCAGUGUAUGAUGUUUCCCUUCGUCCAGCCCGAAAGCUUUGCCUUCGAGUUCAACUUAAAGCACUUGGACCAUCGACUCGCCUCGCUGGCCGUCUUCAAGCUGUGCGAAGUCGAGGGCUGGGCCAACUUGCCGGACCCCACUUUCGUCGCGGACGCGGCAGAUGAGGAGGGCACGGACGAAGCCUUCUUCUGGAGGAGCUCUAAAGAGGUCAGCCUGGACUCCAUGCCAACGCGCGGCCUCUUCCGAGGCAAGUACAUGGGCUCCCCCAGCACACGGAGCUUGAAGUGCCGGAAGCAGCUGCUGGAGAUGUGGGGCUACUGGCAAGUGGCACUCUCCGAAGAUCGGAUUUCCUGGGCCGCGAAGCCCUUUGAGGAGCCAGAAGAAGUCACUCCCUUGGUGGAAUGGCUGAUCAUGCGAUAUCCUGACAUGACGAAGGCUUUUCAGCAGAUUUGCAAGAGCGUCCCGGACGGCUUGCAGACAGCAGGUGCCCUCCGAGCCGCGGAGUUCGAGGAGGGCCUGAACGCCCUUGGCUUCGGGAGGUUGGAGAGCAGCGGCAUCGCAGGUGUUUUCCGAUACCUUGCAUCAAGAGAGGUGGUCGCCCAGGCCGACUGGAAGAAGCUCGAGAGCUCCUGGUGUCAGGCCCGGCUCUCUGCCAAGGAUUUCGUCAUCUUCAUGCAAAGCAUGGUUGGUGAAACACUGGAAGAGUGGUGGAGUUCACUAGGCCAGGAGGUCACUGGAAAGGUGAGCCGAGUGCAGUGGAACGAUGCUUGUAGGUUGCGCGGCUUCUACGGCAACAGCACUCAGGUCUAUCGGCUCCUCGAAGAGGACGACGCCGAGACCAUUACCUGGACUGAAUUUCAAGCGCUGCGCAAAUUCGCUGCGUGA